CUAGAAACGCCAUCCUAAUAUCGUCUUUCCCUGAAUUUAUACUAUACGUGUUAUUAUAUCGUAUAUUUUACAGAAUGCUUUGGCUUCAUUUCUAAUUCUAACAUUAUGUCUGAAAAAACUGAACAGCCACGGGUUCGUAAGACCUCGAUGUACCGCUACGAUGCCUCGACGGAGAUGGGAGUUCGCCCUGACGCAAAGGCACAUAUCGACCUCAACAACAACCCAAAUGCUACGAUUUCAAACCCCUUAGCUAAUAUCCCUCGUGAGCAUCUUCUCGAUCAAGUCACUCGGUUUUCCGAAUGGAAUGACAUAUGCGAGUACGUUCCCCUUAUGCGCAAGGGGGCUCUCGUUGCCAAGGAUCCCGUCGGUUUCGAGGAUAUCGAGGGGCCGGAGGCGCUCGAUGCCGAGGAGAUUGAGGCUUUGAGGACCGAAGCCACACAUAAAUGGAAAGUCCCUAAUCUCCUUUAUCUAACCAUAUUCACCUGCUCCAUAGGAGCAGCUGUACAAGGUUGGGAUCAAGAGGGUACCAAUGGAGCCAACCUGUCGUUUCCUGCGCAGUUUGGUAUCGGUGGGAAUUCAGACCGUGAUGUGCUGCUCGUCGGUCUCAUCAACUCGGCUCCUUAUAUUGGGUCGGCACUUAUAGGUUGUUGGCUUUCUGAUCCGCUCAAUAACCGCUUUGGAUGUCGAGGAACUAUACUUAUUUCUGCCAUCAUCUGUUUGAUAGCUCCUAUACUAGGAGCCAUUACUCGGAAUUGGGAACAGUUUUUAAUUUCGAGACUUCUUCUCGGUGUUGGUAUGGGAAUCAAAGCCGCAACCGUACCGAUAUAUGCUGCUGAGAACAGUCCUGCAUCUAUUCGCGGAGCCUUGGUGACAUCGUGGCAGAUAUGGACUGCAUUCGGCAUCUUCCUUGGAUGCUCUGCUAAUCUAGCAUUUGGUCAAGUUGGCAAAAUCGCCUGGCGACUCCAGGUCGGUUCGGCCUUCAUCCCAGCAAUUCCUCUAACGUUCCUCAUCUUGUUUUGCCCGGAAUCGCCGCGAUGGUACAUCAAGAAAGGCCGGAUUCGAGAUGCUAUAAAAUCGCUCUUACGACUUCGCAACCAUCCUCUCCAGGCAGCUCGCGACCUUUACGCUAUCUAUUUCCAGAUAGAAAUCGAAGCUGAAACCAUUACCGACUCUACUUACAUUGAAAGGGUCGUCCAGCUUUUUACAAUCCCUCGAAUUAGAAGAGCUACCUUGGCCUCCUUUGUGGUUAUGAUAGGCCAACAGAUGUGCGGUAUCAAUAUCAUAGCCUUUUAUUCUUCUACCGUCUUCAAAGAAGCAGGGGCGUCUGAUUUUAACGCCCUUCUUGCAUCUUGGGGAUUUGGUCUCGUCAACUUCCUCUUUGCUUGGCCAGCCAUCUGGACGAUUGAUACCUUUGGCCGGCGCCCCUUACUCCUUUUCACAUUUCCCAAUAUGGCGUGGUCGUUACUGGCUGCCGGUUUAUGUACACUUAUCCCCAAGACCUCGGCAGCCCAUACCGGCCUGGUAGCGCUAUUCGUAUAUGUGUUCGCCAUGUUUUAUUCACCCGGAGCGGGCCCCGUUCCAUACACGUAUAGUGCAGAGAUAUUCCCGCUCUCGCACCGCGAGGUUGGUAUGGCGUGGGCUGUUGCAACUUGUCUUUUCUGGGCUGCCGUACUGUCGAUCGCGUUUCCAAAGAUCCUUGCAGCUACGGGUGUUUUGGGCGCCUUCUGUCUAUACGCGGGGUUUAACAUCACAGCUUUCAUAAUGAUCUUCCUAUGGAUGCCCGAGACAAAGCAGCGGACUCUAGAGGAACUUGAUUACGUUUUUGCCGUGCCUAUGAGCGUGUUUAUCAAAUACAAUUGCAAAAAGGUGGUCCCAUGGUGGCUCAAACAUUACGUCUUAUGGCAACGCGGGGCUGGUCUCGAACCCCUUUACCACUUCGACAGACACGACGACGCUGCUCCACCGGAUUUUGUGGUACAGGAUGAAUCGACAACUGACAAUAAUACGGGGACUACUUUUAACACUAGGGUGUGUGUUACUCCCCAGGACAUACAGAGCAGUGCUACAACCACCGGUACCGACGCUGUUGAUGUAAUUUAUCGGGCCGAAAGACAAGUAGCUGUAUCCCGCCGCUUCUCGUGGCACGGCCCUAGUGUUCACAGACACCCGGCUCAUGCUGACACAUACCCUAUAUAUCCUUUGUAGACAUCCAGAUGACAGCCUUUCUCUGGACCCAACUGUCUUACACCACUUUGUAAAUAGAGGAACCUAGAUACACUCGGUUAGGUUAAGGAAUCUCGUAAAUCAUAGCUAAGUAUAAUAGCUUAGAAACGACGAUAUACCUAAAUUUGAGUAUCCAGGAGGCUUAGAUGCUGUUGUUACAUAAAAAUCU